CAUAUGCCCGUAUCCCCUAAACUAUACACUGUACCAUACCAGUAUUCACACCCUGUUCUAGUUGCGAAAACACGAUUACCCCUGAUUCUCCUCUCGUCCCAUCCCCCUUUCCACCCACUAUGCUAUUUGACCAGCUCUGGCCUAGUCCGCACGUUCAAGCAAUUACUCGCCGAAGGUGGCGUGACUGGCCUGUGGCGCGGUGGUCUACCAAAUGUCCAACGUGCAGCGUUGAUCAACAUGGGAGAACUGACCACCUAUGAUACAGCGAAACGAUGGUAUGCUAUCCGAUUUCAGCUAGAGGAUGGACCAUUCUUGCACAUCUGUUCCUCGGCCACAUCUGGCUUUGUGGCUGCCAUAGUGGGUACUCCAGCCGACAUGAUCAAGACACGGAUCAUGAAUCAACGAGCUUCUCACUCAGAUGGCUUGUUCUACAAAGGUGUGAUAGAUUGUGCAACGAAAGUUGUUCGGAAUGAAGGCUUUUUUGCGCUGUACAAAGGAUUCUUCCUGAUCUGGGCCCGAAUCGUAAGUAUGGAUAGAUGGUGGUUUUUUUGUUAG